GAUCUAGCAAUUCUGGCUCCUGGAGGAAUAUAUCGUAAACUCUUUCAAGGAAUCCACCUUCUUUACUUUCAACAUCAAAGUAUUCAAGAAAUGCUCACAUCUUUCUAUAUUCUUGGACUGGAUUUAAAAUCUUUUAAGGAGUUCGUGGAUAAACAUCUUCAUACCGGUCACUUUGUUUUCGUCAGAAAAAUGAUCUGUGGAUUUUUAUUGAAUCCGACAGUUUAUGAAGCAGCCGGAAUUUUACUUGAAGAAAUUCAGGAUCUUGAAGAAAAACGAGAUAUUCUCAAGAAAAGUCUGCAAUUACAACUCAAUAAAAGAUCAAACAAAUCAGAUCUUUUGGAACUUUUCAAUGCAUUGAACGAAGCCAAGAAUGGAAUGAGUGACAUUGUCAAAUCAUCUCUUGACAUAAUUGACAUGUAUGAUCAUCCUCUCUCCAUAAGUGAUGUUCAUGUCAUUGGAUCAGUAGCUUUCUACUGUACAUCACUAUCAAUGGAUUUCGAUAAUUGUGAUCUCAAGUCAGCCUCACUUCAAACUCUGGCAUCUGAAUUGAAAGGAUCAAAUGUGAAG